AUGGCCAUUAAUCACCCGUCUCCCACAUUUCACGAAGGGAAGUGUCAUGAUGUCUACUAUUGUCUUGGGCAUAAGUCACUGCGUGAUGGGUUGAGACCAUUGACAGAUGACGAUGACUACACUAGGUUUCUUGAUGCUGCAAAUGGUAAUGAGGGGAAGAUUAAUGUAUAUGUUGAUCACUACAAUGAACCGGUAUUUGACUGGAUAGAGGAAGAAAAAGAAGAAGAAGGUGUUGAUAGUGAAAGCUCUGAUGAAGAUACGGACUCGGUCAUGUCUGAUGCUCUAUCUGUUGAUCAUGAACCCGAUAAAGAGGUAAUACCAUUGACUAAGUCUGAUGAUCCCUUUCUUAACCAUAUUAGUGUUAUCCCUAGAGAUGAUGUUGCAGAUGAGGAUGAUGAUUCAGAUAAUGGAACCAAACAAGCCCCAGUUUAUCCUUUUCAUGACACAAAUCAGAAAUGGGAUACAAGGCAACCCAUCCUUGGGUCUUAUUGA